AUGAUUAUUGGUUCUUUGAACAUUAGAGGGGGAGCAAAUGCGCUCAAAAGAAGGAGAAUUAGUCAUUUGAUUAACAAAGGUAGUGCGGAUAUUUUCCUUUUGCAAGAAACUAAGAUUUCCAAUAUGGUGGAGGAUUAUGCUAAUAGUUUUUGGAGACACUCGGAGAUUGGUUUUUCCUUUGUCAACUCGGAGGGUAGGUCGGGUGGUUUGAUUACGAUGUGGAAGAAAAACACCAUGGAUGUUUUGUUUAGUUUUAAGGGGGAAGGGUAUUUGGGGUUAAAAGUUUGUUGGAAGGAGGACUUUUAUUAUGUGGUUAACGUGUACUCUUCUUGUGAUUUGUCUAAGAAGAAGGUUUUGUGGGAGAAAUUGUUAGACUUGAUGAGAAUUUACUCCGAUGGGGAAUGGAUAUUAGGCGGAGACUUUAAUGCUAUAAAGAAUGCUAGAGAGCGUAAAGGGAGAGUGGAAGGGAGCUACAAGAAGGAGACGGAAAUUUUUGCCGAGUUCAUUCAUAAGAGCUCCUUGGUGGACAUUCCGUGUAAAGGUAAGAAAUUUUCGUGGUAUAGUGGUGAUGGCAAGUCUAUGAGUAGGAUUGACCGGUUCUAA